AUGUAUUUACUGAUUUCUGAUAACUUGGCUGAGGUGCCUGAACUGAAGGACAUUUCUUAUGAUGAGAAGAACUCCAAACUGACCUCUUAUCUGAUCAUCGCGCUGGUGUGUGUGUCAACGUUUUUUCUGACCUUCAUCAUCAUCAUCCUCGGUGUGAGGUUUUGUCGCAGGAGAAAGCCCAGACUGUUGUUUGACGGAGCAGUGGCCAUCCCCAGCGCGUAUCUCCCUCCUAAUUACGCAGAUGUUGACGGUACAGGAACUUUACGCAGCGCUUACAAUUAUGACGCCUACCUGACAACAGGGUCUCGAACCAGUGACUUUAAGUUUGUGUCAUCGUACAAUGACAACACACUGCCAGCUGACCAGACUCUGAGGAAAAGUCCAUCAGAUUUUGCAGAAGUGUUUGGAGACUGUGACGACUCUCCUGAGGUAGGAACAUGUGCUUUUUAUGCCUGAAAGUGUUUUUGAGAUUCAACUUUCCGUAUUUCAUGUCCACUGUGUUUUGUGAGCUGAUAAAGUUUGUGAUUUUGGUCUUUUUCUGUAGAGACUUACAUAUGAAUGAGUCUGGUUAUGUCAAAGCAUGUAGUUCCACUCACUGAACUGUGUUUUGCUGGAUUUACCAAUUAAACCUUAUGCUUUGUUGUGCUCCAAACAUCGACUAUCAUUUAGAAAUACAUCAAUCCAAUUUAGAUGAAGCUGAGAGAUUUAUGUUCAUUUACUUCCCCCUAUUUCUGUUUGCUUAGCUUCUUUAAGGGUUUACCAAACAUAAGGCUGUAGGCUAUAUUCAAAUAACCAUAAAUCCUUUUUUAUACUCGUUUCCCCCUUUUUCAUGAGGAUAUUAGAUAUCUGAAUGUUUCCCCAUCCCUUUAAACAUAUCCAUUUUAUCUUUUAGUUUUUCUGUUUUGGGAAUCUGCUCUGUGUCUAUGGUGAAUCUUCCUGGUAAUUUUUGAGCAAACCAAUGAUAGUUGCAGUUUUCUCUUUUUGACUUUUAUUUCAAUAUUUCUUUGCAGUGCUAUUUAUGUCGAUAAGUGGCUUUAGCUUUAUUUUUGUUGUGGCUUUGGGUUUAUUUGUUGUCUCUGUCCUUGGUGCUGUUUGGUCAUCCAAACUGAAGCUGUAUAGCUGCUCAGUGACAAACUUAACUGUCAAAAUAGAUCCAGACAAACUCACCAAGUGCUUUUCUUUUCCUUUGCAGUGUAAAUACACACUUCAUUAAUACCACAAAAUAAUAAGAAAAUAAUACCAGAGGUGUGACUUGAAUAAAAUAUUGAGAGAUUCUUUAUUGCUGUAGUAAUGAUGCAUGUUAUUACAAUCGAAGACAAAAGAGUAGUUGAUAUGUUGCUGUUUCUCUGGUUGUGGAGUAAUUUGUUUUCAAUCCAUAUUGAUGACCACUCAUCAAAUGAUGUUGGUUUACUAGGGUUUUAAACUUCUCUCUAUAUCAUUGUAAUGAGUUGUAUUUUUCUUGUUAUUGGAUCCCACUGAGGCUUCAGUUUGAAACUUUGUUGAGUUGAUGUUAAUCAUUCUUGAAUGGUGUAUUGGUUCUUGUGCAUCAAAGAAGUCAGGAUGUCAAUAUGUGAUUUUUUUUGAAGCCAGUUUCUUCAGCUGUAGAUUGUUUAUGCCUUUUGUUUUUUUUCCCCACGGUGAUUUACAAUAAGGCGGAAAGGACUACUCUAGAGAAAAUAUAAAAUCAAAUUUGCAUUAGUUAUCAUGUUAGCAUCACAAAGUGUACAGUAUUGUUGAGUUUCAGAAGUUUUGUCAGCUACCACAUUCAGAUGUUUUAUGAUGACUAAUGCCCCUCAUGCAAUGACUAACAUAUAGAUAUAAAUGAUGAUGAUUGACCUUGACAUAACUUCACCGACAGAAACUGAUCUUUGUCCAUGAUCCAUAGACAUAACUUCCUCUGGUACUUAGCAGAGUAGAGUGUUUUAUCCAAGUCUGGAGUUGGAUAGCAAAACUUAGACUUGAAGUAACUGCUCAUACCCCACAGGUAUACAGCAUGGCCUGAUAUAUAUUUUUUCAAAACUAUAAUAAAAAGAAGAAUCUUUUGAAUGAAUUUUGCUGUUGUAGCCUGUUUUUUGAGCUUUUCUGUGUUUAUUAUCUGACUUGACCACUUCUAAUGAUACAAUUAAGUUUAAAGAGAAGGUCAAAUGGGGCUUGUGUUUUAAAUUCCAAUCAACUUUUGUGUGCAAAAAGCUUCUAAUUUUACUGUUAAGGUUGUUAUUCUUUUUAGUUUGUCCCAGUUGGUUCUACAGGGAAAUCUAUUGCAUUACAAUACAAAGUGCUGUAUCUGUGUUUUGACUCUCUGGAAGGUUAUUUUGUUGAAUUUGUGGAUUGCACAUUUAUAUGCUGUAACUUUGUAGUUAAAUAGUCAUGGUAAUUGAAUGUGUCUUCAGAGCUUCUUUUCUGGAGUUUUGAGUUUUGCAUGAAGUGUCCUCUGCAUUUUGGCCUCCAGUCCUAUGUGGAAUUUAAAAAAAUAUAAAAACAAACUUUAGCUGACUUUUUAAUAACAGACCAAUGGGGACAAAGACAGCUGUCAUUUCUCUCAGAAACUUUUAAAAUUUUUAUUAGACCCUCAGAUAUGUUCAACUACAUUUAAAGACCCUACUUGUUUGGCCUGUUUACCUGAUUUGGUCUGUCUGUCGUCCAUAGCUAAUAUUUAAACCCCAGAAAUGAUGUUUCACUUGUAUUUGUGGAGGAAUUUGAACACUGACUCUGCUGGUUUUUUAACAGUGUUACAUUUAGAUCGGACUCACGGUGUCGCUCUACACCAGCCGUAGAAACUGGUCAAUUCUUCUUUCUUUUGUGGACGGACGUUCUUGCACGCCCAUUGCGUCCAAAGGCACCCUUGGACGCUAG